UCAGAAACCAACCCAAACAAUUAUUACAGCGUUGGAAAUAAUAUUUAUAAAGUCUCAUCAAUAAUAAAUAGCAAAGUUAUUUGUCAACAAGUUUUGAAUUUGAGAUCUAUGUUUCAAAAUCCGCUAGAAUCAUCUCUUCUCAACAUAUGGAAAACAUCAAAUUUAACACUUUCGCAAAACACUUACAAAGAUCUUUCUAAAAAUAUAAAUAAAAUCUGUGCUCUUUCCAAUAAAAAUAAUGAGUUCGGGUUUUUUCCAGUCAUUCAUGAUGGCGGACAAACAGAUUAAUAAUUUCAACAACAUCUUUCAACAGACACAAAAUUUAUCUACACUCCAAACAGUAUAUAACGAUUCGAUUAAAAAAACUUUACAAGUUGAAGCUGUGUCAUUUGAUGAAAUAUCUCGAAAAUUUGCUGCGACUCUUGAACCCAUGUUCAUCAGAUUGACGAACGGGAUAACUUUAUUGCGUCAGGAGGUCAAAUCUCUGCGUAAGGAAGUCAGUGAGUUAAAGCAGGAUAGAUAUAACAUAAAAUUGGUCAUCCCACAACAGCCAUUUCAAACAAUGAAGGAUUUUUUAAAUUUUGAAAAACAGCUACAGGAAGAUCCAAAUUUGUUUGCUUCAUUCGCAAGUGAAAUGGAACUCAAAACUGUUGGAAAAAAGCCCAACUUUACCAAAAAUUGUUGGAGAAAAUUAUUGGUCGAUGAACUGGCGGAAAAACUGUGCUGGAAAGGGACAGAGAAAAAAAGUGUACGCAGCCUAAAUGCAUCGAAAUCAAUUAGAAAUGCUGCAAUUGCUAUUGGAAUCGGAGAGGAUGAAUUCAUCCGGAACACAAAGUCUUUCUUCCAAUUUGCCAAAAACCGCAAAGAAAGCAAAGAAAAAUAUAAAUCAAAAAAAAUUAGCUCAACUGUAAUCUCAAAUGAAAUGAAAUAAAUGAGAAAUAACAAUACAACAAUUUAAAAACGCUUACUAUUUUAAAUUUUUUACAAGCUUAUAAAAAUUUUGCUAAACUAAGCUUAUUGUAAGUAUGUAUGUUUAGAAAACUAUUCUUUCAGUAAGCUUGUUCUAUAAUUAGACUUCUAAGCUUGUUGUAUACUUCGACUACUAAGCUUAUAGCGAGGGAUCGUUUUUCUUUAUUCUAUAAUUAUUAAAAAGCCUUUCACAACAGUAGUCACUACAGUUUCCUAAGCAUAAGGCUUAGGUCAGCAAGCUUGUUACAAGUUAUUUCCAAAGCGUUUUGGUAUGUUGGGAAGUGGCUCACUGUUUAUUCAUGAAUACAUUCACAAAUUCCGUGCCUAUUCAAAAUGUAUUUUAUACCUACGCGGAGGGGUUUUAAAAGAAACGAAACGAGCGAUUGUAGUGACUAAAAAACUUUGACUUCUUUGUUUCUUAUCCUUUUA